AUGAUGGGGGAUUUCGGACGGCGGAAACCAGUAACUGAAGAUUGGAUUAGUGGGCUUCCAGACGAUAUCCUAUGUUGUAUCCUGUCGUUUGUAACGCUAAAAGAAGCCGGCAGAACAAGUGCUCUGUCCAAAAGAUGGGAGAAUGUGUGGAAGUUUGUUACCGAUCUUGAUUUUGAUGCAAUCCCAACAUUAUUUGAGGCCGAAACCGAUGAGGAGUACAGAAUUUCACUCAAAAGAGAAAUGCCAAAGUUUGUUGACUGGGUUCACAAGGUGCUUGCAUCCCGUAAUCAAACAGUGGCAUUGAGGAAAUUUAGAAUUCGUAUUCAUUCGGAUGAUUCCAUUGGGGCUGAAUUGAAUAAGUGGCUUCAGUUCGCCUUUGAUAAAGGUGUUGAACGGCUGGAAGUCAACCUGUCAUGGCACGGUCCCUGUGGCUUUAAAACUCAUUAUGUUUUUCCCUCUGCAAUUUUCGCCGCCGCACAGAGACAGAGGAGUUGGGAUUGUCUUAAAGUCAUGAUCAUGAAGCGUGUCGCUGUCUCCGGUGACGAUCUUGAUUUUUUAUUGCACAACUGCAAAUUACUUGAAACUUUGCGGGUGCAUUGGUCUAGUACUUUGAAUGCUUUGCAAGUUCGUGGUCCGUCUUUGGCAAUUCGGCAUUUGGAUGUUCGCCAUUGCUCCUUGAAUUCCCUCAUUGUGUGCAAUGCUUAUAAUCUUGUCUCGUUGAAAUCCGGCUUGCCGCGACAAGAACUCGUGCUUAACAAUGUACCCCGGCUCGUGGAUACUCACAUUUGUAUUCUUAGUUACUAUGCGAAGGAUCUUGUUCGGCGGCUUUCAUGUGCUUUUUCCACUCUGGAGAUUCUUGUCAUAUUGAUGGAGGCUGAGAUGAAUAAAGAGUACGUCGGGAAAUUUCCUCAAUUACCUACACUGAAGCAGUUACGAGUACGACUUUUUUUUCGCAAAGACAUGAAGAGCCUGCGUGGAUUGACCGACUUGUUCAGGGCAUCACCCAACCUAGAGCAAUGCAUUAUAGACGUGCUGUACUUACACCGAGAUGAAGAAGUUAGUGUUCACGGUGACAGCGUUGAGAAAGCGAAUGUUGAAAAUUACCCUCUUCGACAUCUUAGAGUGGUGGAGAUAUCUGGUUGUUGCGGCCGUGCAGUUGAAUUGCAACUUGUAAAGUAUUUCCUUGGAAAUGCGAGUUCCCUGGAGAAGAUAAUUGUGGCUCCACGUCGCCUACACAUGGUAUUAACCGAAGAACCCCUGUUUCAAGAUAAGACAAGAUUUGAUAGGAUGACAAAGUGUUGGGGAAGGUUUUCUGAGCAGCAACUCUUGAGAAUAAUGCCUCCACAUGUCACAUUACAGAUACUUCAGCACUCUGAACACCAUUUUCUCAGUGGGUGGAUCAAGUCGUAG